AUGACAACCCAGAAGUUAACGCCACAAGUACUACGAACUAUAUUUCAACGUUCGACUGUCGAUGUGGGGCGCAUAAAAAUUCAAGGUGUUGCCACCUGCCUGUUUUUGUGCAUGGAUGCGUGCGGCGCUGUGUAUGGCUCGAAAGAAUUUACCGACGACUGCGUCUUCAAUGAGAACAUGGAGCUGCACAACUACAAUACCUACACAUCCACAUUCAAUUCGAAUGCGCGGCGCGUCUAUUAUUUGGCGCUGAAUCGACAUGGUGAGCCGCGCAAGUUGCAAAUACCGCCAACCCGCUCGCUCGGCAAGCUGGCCACCUACACGAAUGCCAUCACCGAAACGGUGGAGGAAGAACGUGUCGAACAGCUGAUAGCAAAGAAUUUCGGCGAGAACCGCAUUAAGCACGGCUUACGCCAACUCUGUGAUACGGGCAAACCAUUGGUCGACCUGAUCGAUAGCAAACACUUCAAAGUGCACCCCAAGUGCAAUCCAAGCUCUAGCAAUAGCAAUAGCAUUAGUAGCAGUAGUAGUAGUAGUAGCAGUAGUAGUAGUAGUAGUAGCAGUAGUAGUAGUAGUAGUGUUAGUAGUGGUAGCAGAAAGAGUAGUAGUAGUCCAUUAGGCAAUAGUGAUAGUGAUAGUCCCAGCGGUAGUGCUAAUAGUAGUAGUAUUAGUGGCCAACCAAUGAGCAACGUUCCUGCUGCCGAUGAGAGAGGCGAGUCACAGAGCAGCGUAGUCACAAAUAGCCAUAGCCAUCACAGUAAAGGUGGCCAGCGGGGCGCGAGCGCGUCCAAUAGCCUGAGUAGUAGUAUUAGCGAUAGUUCGUCAACAAAUAAUGGCGAUCGUACUAGCAGUAACAGCACUCAGAGCGGUCAGGGCCAUCAGCAUAGCAAGGGUGGCGGUGGAGGCGGCAAAAAAAAGAAGAAACGGCGAAAAUGCCGGCCGCAUGAGAAUGAAGAGGAGCAUAAUUGCCAAAGGAGCCCUUUAGCGCUGCGCAAGCGCGGCAAUAAUCUCAACAAUAAAAAGUGUCGAGAGCAGCUAGCGCUACAGCAACAACAGAGGCGACAGCUGAAAGCGAAGGGAGAAGAAGUGCCCAAUAUGCCGCUGCCCGCGCCAUGCAAGAAGAAAAAGAACGGCGGCGGGGGCGGAGGCGGUGGUGGAAAGAAGAACCGCAAAAACCAAAACGCAAAUAACAACAAUCACAAUAGCGUUGGCGGCGACGCAGCGGGAGCGAACAAUCGUCGUGGCAAGAAGCUGAAUGCGAAUGGCCGUCAAACAGGUGGCGGUAACGGCGGUGGCGGAGCGGGUAACCGCAACUCCGGCGCGAAUCGCAAGCGAGCACGAAACGGCGGAGCACAACCGCAAAAGAAGCUGAAAAAGCAGUUCAUGUCAAAAGCUGGCAGCAGCGCGACCAGUACUACGCAAGCCACCAGCAGUACAACCACCAGCAGCAUAGCGGCCUCAAUAACAACAGCGCGCACCGAUCGCAGCGAUAGCACUAUAGUGACGGCAGCUCUACCGAUGCCGCCCACUACCACUGAACUGAGCAGCGCCGAGCAAGAGGACCGCUUAGAUCCGCGCGCAGAGGCGACAAGCGUACGUGGCGAACGUGAGCGCGAACAACGCAACGUGCGCUAUACCAAUUCAAUGGAAGAAGAUGCGCCGCAAGGCAAUGCGGCAGCAGAUACGCCUGGUUCGCUGGAAGAUUCCACGGAGGCGGAUGCCAGUGAAGAGGAAGAGCAUGAUGGUAGCGCAUCAGACGAAGAAGACGCAGACGCCGGCGGCAGCGACGAUGUGUACGACGAAAGCGAAGAGAGUGCGGCGGUAGUGCCGUCAACGUCAUCAGCGGCAAUGGCAGCGAGCGAUAGCAAAGCGGCGGCGUUGGCGCAAGCGCAGCUACUCGGGGAUGCAGACGAUUUUUUCUACUACGACCAAUUCGAUUUCUUACCGAUUGGUCUGUGGAAAUUUCUUGCGCUCUCCUGGUUGACGUAUUGGGCACUACAAAGGCGGACGUAGUACAAAUGCGAGAAAUGCAAAAAUUAUUGGAAUAAAAUGCGGAUCAAUUCAGCUUUUAUGGCAAACAUAAAAAGCAACGAAAUUCUAAAUUUACAUAUUCACUUACACAACUACGCAUAGUAGAGCAAUAUUAUUAGCUGUAGUGUUGUUGUAAUGCUGCUCCGUAGAUUUUUGCUACUUCUUACUCUUUAACUAAAUAUUUGUAUGUAUGUAGUAUAGUGUUUUAAUUAGAACAUAUUCACUCCAUUUAAUUUUUA